UCCUUUCCCCUUUCUUCGCCAUCCCAUCCUUCCCUCCAUCCUUUCUCCUACCUCCCUUCCCCGGCCUAGACGAUGCCGUGGUGGAGACAGCGGAGGAGGCCACGGAGCCCGCCGAGGCGGACAUCACGGGGCUGUGCCAGGACAUGUUCUCCAAAAUGGCCACGUACCUGACGGGCGAGCUCACAGCUACCAGUGAAGACUAUAAACUUCUGGAAAAUAUGAACAAACUGACUAGCUUGAAGUAUCUAGAAAUGAAAGAUAUUGCAGUAAACAUAAGUAGAAACCUAAAGGACUUAAACCAGAAAUAUGCAGCACUUCAGCCUUAUCUGGAUCAGAUCACUCUAAUUGAGGAGCAAGUAGCAGCUCUUGAGCAGGCAGCUUACAAAUUGGAUGCAUAUUCAAAGAAACUAGCAAAGUACAAGAAGUUAGAGAGGCGAUGAAAGAAUUCUCUAGCUCAGACUUUUAACUACAAGAAUAUUUUAUAAGAGCUGAAAUAAGUGGGAUGGAACUUAUCACUAUGCUUCAAUUCCUAAAAAGAAGCCGUGCUGCUGAUCCAAGGAGAAUCCCAGCCCCCACCUCUGGUUGGAUGUGUAAUUCUGGCCACCCCCGCCCCCGCCGUGUUUUCCU